AUGUGUGGUCCCAUCACUUUGAGAACUAAGAAAGCACUCCUCACACGAUAUUGUAAUAAUUUGAACGAAAUAAUCGCGCAGUACGAAGGGGACGCGUCGUACGAUGAUAUCUCACCGAGCUCUAGAGAAUUUUUGGAACACAUCCACACAGCUACGCUGGAACUCAAAGCAACAAGUAAACUAGUGGCCGACCAACUUGAUGCUUUCGUUAACGUCAUUGAAGCAAUGGGUGACGCAUUCAGCGAAGACCAUGAAGCGCAAGCGCUUGAAUAUAUAGAAAAGGCUCAUCACCCGAAAUAG